UCGAUGUAAAACUUGCUUAACUUCUUCUUUGUUAUCAUUGAAACAGUUGGUGUUGUUGACGCGGUUUGAUUUUGGAUUCGUCCUGUUAAUUCAGACAGACUGGGUACAUAGAGGAGGACGCUAUGAAUAACAUAUAUGACAUUUUACACGCCGUCGUUAUUGGCUUGGUUGUUGCUACUUUCCUUCUCAACACUGGUCGUGCGCAAAAAGGCAUUAAGGUCUGCAAGGAAUGUUUGAUCUUCCUAAAUAACAAAGGGCUAAAAGCGGAAGGAGAAAUUUUCCAUUCCCUUCAUAUUGGUAUUUAUGGAACAAUCUUCAGGGCGUACUGUCUUAUCCCUGAUCACACAAAAGCACUAAUCUACGGCAGGAAACUUCUUCACAUUUACCGCGAGUGUGGUAAAAAAGAAGAGGAAGGGAAUCUUAUGGUAAAACUGGCCAACAUAUAUCAACAGCAGUAUAAAUACCUAGAAGCAAGAGAACUUUAUGAGAAAGCGAUUCCUAUCACAAAAGAAAUGAGAGACAAAAAGAAUGAAGCAUACGUCGAUGAAAUGAUUGGCGUUAUAUCUUAUCAUCUCGGUGACUACGACAAAGCUAAAGGAUAUCUUAAGAAAGCCCUUGCCAUCAGAUUACAAUUUGGUGACAAAAAUGGAGAAGCCAGCUCGUACGGAAACUUAGGAACU